AUGGAUCCUAAUUGUACCACUUCGCAAGAAAUUACUAGUUACGACAGCCAAACUUCAGAGAACGUGAUUCUAGACUCACAAGCCAACGAACCUUUACAAUCUUUAACAGCUAUUGUCUUGCCUCCAAAUUAUCUACCUACCAAAAGUCAAGAAAAAAAAAGUUCUACCACACAAAAUCAAGAUACUAAUGAUAGCACCUCAUAUAAACCUGGCGGAUUGCUAAAUCAUAAGUAUCCGCUUCAUGUACUGCCGGACGAUUUAAAUCAAAACGUCUAUAAACAUAGCCUAUUAUAUAAUACAUUACUUGAUGGUUAUUACGAGAAUGGAGUUAUCGAUAAUAAUACAUAUCAACAUGGCAUGAAGGAGCACUUCGAUUCGAUAAUAUUUAUUACAAGAUCGAAUAUGAUUGGAAAAAGUAUUACUAUCUCUACCAUAUUUUUGAAAUUACAACAUGUUAUUUUUAAUUAUGAUGCGAUUGUGGAAUGGUCAAUCUCCUCCUUACCAACAAAAAGUAAUGUCAAUCCUAUUUACCAAACGAUUGAGUUCGCACCAAAUACUCAUAUAGUUGGUAAUAUAGUUGAUAAUAUAGUGGAUGCAACAUCAUUUGUAAAGGGUGAAUAUGGUUUCACCUUGAGGGCCCGUUUGAGAGGUGGAAAUAGUUCUCGUAUCUCCUGGCAGUGGACUCAGCUUUUUCGAUGUAGCAUAAAAGACACUCAUGGUCUUUCUUUAGAUGAGGAUUGUGGGCUGGAUGUAAAAGUGGAGCUAGUCCCGGAUAUAAUCUGUGAUCCACUUCCUGAAGUAAAAUAUGAUUUUGCUUUAAAUGAUAGAAUUACUAGUGAUUUUAUUAUCUAUUUGGAAAUAAAUGAAGUAAAUGAGAGUGAAGAUAACUCCACCCAGCAAAUGUUAAAGUUCUAUGUUCAUUCUAGCACCCUCACGGCAAGAUCUGAUUAUUUCAGAGCAUUAAUGGAUUCGCACAUGAUAGAAUCUAAUGAAAGAUCGCUUGUUCUUACUGAUAUCACACAAAAUUCAUUGGAAAUUCUACUUAUACUGGCUUCCUACCUAAUAUCACAAUAUAUGAUAAGUGGGUUGAAUUACUUUAUGAUGCCUCAAGGUUCUUGA